CCGUUUAGCAAGCAAUUAUGUGGCGUAGUACUAUCGAGGUGUAGUAGUGCCCAGUACCCUUUAUUCGGUCGUGCGAUGCAGACGGGGAUGGCUCGAGCCAGAGCUACCGGCUGGACUGGCUUUCCGUAACAAAAGUCAUAAUCAUUAUCAAAUAUUACGUCCUCCCUGCAGGUUUUAUCCAGUGCAUAAAGGAGUUUAGUCAAGUGAAGUUGGAACUUUUUGGUGGUUAGAUUCUUGUUACGAUGGGGAUAAAGUUGAUAAUCCUGUUGGCUCUUCUAGUGGGUGUGUUAUACUGCAUUCAUCUACUGGUGAAGGACUACCAAGCCGUCACAGCCCCGCGAUUGCUGAGGCUACUCUUCAAAAGGGAUCUCAGUUCUUCGCAGAAACAUAAGCCGUACGUGAGAUGGAAGAAGAUCCUGCAUCAUGACGCGAUUCAAUGCGCUCGCUUCGUGUACUGCAGCCUCGGCUAUGAGCCGCUGCACAGCGAGGUGCAGGGCGGCUUCGUUUACAUGCUCACGUUACCACCAAGAGAAGAGGACAAGUCAUCAAUGGAGGCGUUCCAGGGAGCAUACGACAUAGGAGAGGCAGGCAAGCGCAGCCAGGACGACACGGCCUGCCGACGAAACUACCCGCGCUGCCCGUUCACUUCAACUACCUUGUUCGACAUCAUCGAAUAUUUGUUGAAACACCAAAUAUUUUAGUCAAUAAACGUUUAA